ACCAACAACAGGUAAUAAAAUGAGUUGGCAGCCCCGUUCUAUCCAACAGCUGUUCGAUGUAAACAAAAACUUGCAUCCUAUUAGAUUUUUAUUUUAAAAAAAAUGUGGAAAUUUAGCCAGAGAUACUUCUUUCGGUCGGGUCUGCACCGCACCUACUCCCAAUCCCAAAGCCCAGUGCGAGUGCGGUUUGCUCCCAGUCCUACGGGAUACUUGCAUUUGGGAGGUCUCCGCACGGCAUUGUACAACUUUCUUUACGCCCGGCAUUUGAAUGGAAAGUUCCUGCUCCGGAUCGAGGACACGGACCAAACGCGUCUGGUUCCAGGUGCCAGUGAACGCCUGGUGGAGGACCUACUCUGGGCGGGCAUAGAAAUCGACGAGGGUCCUGGUUUUGGCGGCCAAUUUGGACCGUAUGUGCAGAGCCAAAGAACUGAGAUAUACAGCAAAGCCAUCGAGGAGCUACUGGAUAAUGGCACUGCCUACAGGUGCUUCUGCACUGAAAGACGUCUGGAUCUGUUGCGUAAGGAGGCGGUCAGAGCUCGGCAGGUUCCACGCUACGAUAACAAAUGCCGGCAUCUCACAAAAGCAGAAGAGGACACCCUCCUGGACAGGGGAACACCACAUUGCAUCCGAUUUAAGCUAACCGACCACGAGGAGCCACUGGAUGAUCUCAUAUACGGAAAAGUCCAUCACAAUGUCAGCGACAACGAGGGCGAUCCGGUGGUUAUGAAGAGCGAUCAGUUUCCCACCUACCACUUUGCGAACGUGGUCGACGACCAUCUGAUGGGCAUCACUCACGUCCUGAGAGGAGUGGAGUGGCAGAUAUCCACCACCAAGCACCUCCUGCUCUACAAAGCAUUUGGCUGGCAGCCUCCCAAAUUCGGUCAUCUGCCGCUCCUGGUAAACGCCGAUGGCACAAAACUUAGCAAACGACAAGGUGACGUAGGCAUCCAGCACUUCCGCGAGAAGGGAUACUUUCCAUUGUCUCUACUGAACUAUGUGGUAUCCGCGGGCGGGGGCUUCGAGCACAGGAGCAGUGGAAAACAGCAGCUUCUCAGUGUGCCGGAGCUGUCCGAGCGAUUCCUUAUAGAGCGGGUCAACUCCCAUCCCAGUAGAUUAAAUCCUGAGCUGCUGGAAGAUCUGAAUCGACUCGAAAUAGAGCAGCGAUUGGCGGAUGGGGAGAGCCGGUUGCAGUUGGUCGGAAACGUUCAGGAACUAGUCAGAAAAGCCUAUCCACAACAUUCAAACCUGGACCUGGCUGAGGGGCACAUAGUGGAGGUCUUGCGUUGGUCAUCACAGCGUCUGACUCUCCUGCAGGAUUUGACCAGCAGCAAGCUGAGCUUCCUGUGGGUCAAGCCAUCAAGUUACGAGCUGAAAGACCUCUCGCCAGAGCAACUGAACACCUUACUGGAUGAACUGGACGCACAUGAGAAGUUCGACAAGGACGACCUCAAUGCCAGACUGAAAAGCUUUGCCCAAAAGGAGAACAUCAAGUUCCCGCUGAUGAUGAAGAGUCUACGGGCUGCGCUGAGUGGCUUGAAAGAAGGACCAGGCGUGGCUGAAAUGAUGGAGAUCCUGGGAAAGGCCGUCACCCUGGAACGGCUGAAGGAAGCCCUUCCCCAUGACAAGAUCCACUUGAAACAAAAGUCCUAAUUCGGUUAAGUUUAGUUAUAUUUUGUUUAAGUGUUUAUAGAUUUACAUAUAAUAUAUAUACUGGUAACUGUUGCAAUUUGAGAAUAAGAUCAAUGAGUAGACACCACACUAA